UCGGCUGGCCGACGCUCGCGGCUCGCGCUCGAGCUCGCGAUGGGGAAGAAGUCCCGGGCGGUACCCGGCCGCAGGCCCAUCCUGCAGCUCUCUCCGCCGGGGCCCCGAAGCAACACGCCGGGCAGGGAUCCGGAGCCGGAACCCGACACGGAACCGGACUCGACGGUGGCGGCGCCCAGCCAGCCAGCUCCGGCGGCGCCACCGCCAACUACGACGACGACGACCACGGUGACUGCUGCCGCCGCGGCCCCGGACGACUCUCCUUCAGAAAGUAAAGAUGAGCAGGAAGUGGUGGUGGAGGUUCCCAGAGUUCCGAAUCCUCCCAAACCAGUCAUGACCACCAGACCUACAGCCGUUAAAGCAACAGGAGGUCUGUGCUUACUUGGUGCAUAUGCUGACAGUGAUGAUGAUGAGAGUGACGUUUCAGAAAAACCAGCACAGUCUAAAGAGGCAAAUGGAAACCAGUCAGCUGAUAUUGAUAGUACACUGGCCAACUUCCUAGCGGAGAUUGAUGCUAUAACAGCUCCUCAGCCUGCAGCUCCUGUAGGAGCUUCUGCUCCACCUCCAACUCCACCUCGACCAGAGCCAAAGGAAUCAGCAACAUCUGCGCUAUCUUCUACUACUUCAAAUGGAACAGACACAGCUCAAACUGCAGGGUGGCAAUAUGAUACUCAGUGUUCACUAGCAGGAGUUGGAAUUGAGAUGGGAGAUUGGCAAGAAGUCUGGGAUGAGAACACAGGAUGCUAUUAUUAUUGGAACACACAAACAAAUGAAGUGACUUGGGAAUUACCCCAGUAUCUUGCUACCCAGGUACAGGGAAUACAGCAUUACCAACCCAGUUCUGUAACAGGUGCUGAAGCUAAUUUUGUGGUUAAUACAGACGUGUAUACUAAGGAGAAAAAUGUUUCUGUUUCCAGUAGUAAAAGUGGACCAGUCAUAGCCAAGCGAGAAGUUAAAAAGGAAGUAAAUGAAGGAAUUCAGGCUCUCUCAAAUAAUGAGGAGGAGAAGAAAGGGGUGGCAGCAUCACUGCUUGCUCCUUUGUUGCCUGAGGGAAUAAAAGAGGAAGAAGAGAGAUGGAGAAGAAAAGUAAUUUGUAAAGAAGCAGAACCAGUCACAGAAGUGAAGGAAACCAGUACCACAGCAGAAGCAGCAGCAACGAUAGUUAAACCACAGGAGAUUACAUUGGACAACAUGGAAGACCCUUCUCAGGAGGAUCUUUGCAGUGUUGUUCAGUCUGGAGAAAGUGAGGAAGAAGAGGAACAAGAUACCCUUGAGCUGGAACUUGUUUUGGAAAGAAAAAAAGCAGAGCUACGAGCCUUGGAGGAAGGAGAUGGUAGUGUGUCAGGGUCUAGUCCGUGUUCUGACAUCAGCCAGCCAGCAUCUCAGGAUGGAAUGCGUAGACUUAUGUCUAAAAGGGGGAAAUGGAAGAUGUUUGUUCGAGCUACAAGUCCAGAAUCUACUAGUCGGAGUUCCAGCAAAACUGGGCGAGAGACUCCAGAAAAUGGAGAAACUGUAACUGGUGCUGACACUUCAGAAAAAACAGAUGAGAAUUCAGACAAAGAGAUGGAAGUAGAAGAAUCUCCAGAAAAGAUAAAAGCACAAACAGCGCCUAAAGAAGAAGAACAGGAUUUGAAAUUUCAGAUUGGAGAACUGGCAAAUACCCUGACAAGUAAAUUUGAAUUCCUAGGCAUUAAUAGACAGUCCAUCUCCAACUUUCAUGUGCUGCUUCUACAGACUGAGACUCGGAUUGCAGACUGGAGGGAAGGGGCUCUUAAUGGAAAUUACCUUAAACGAAAACUUCAGGAUGCAGCAGAACAACUAAAACAGUAUGAAAUAAACGCCACUCCUAAAGGCUGGUCCUGCCACUGGGACAGGGAUCAUAGACGAUAUUUCUAUGUAAACGAACAGUCGGGCGAGUCUCAGUGGGAGUUUCCAGAUGGUGAGGAGGAGGAGGAAGAGAGCCAAGCACAAGAAAGUAGAGACGAGACUCUUCCUAAACAGACUUCGAAAGACAAAACUGGCACUGAAUCAAAUUCUGCAGAAUCAUCUGAGAAUUCCACAGGUUCUCUUUGUAAAGAGUCCUUUUCUGGCCAAGUUUCUUCUUCAUCACUCAUGCCACUUACUCCAUUCUGGACCCUCCUUCAGUCAAAUGUGCCUGUGCUUCAACCUCCAUUACCUUUGGAAAUGCCACCACCUCCACCUCCGCCCCCAGAAUCCCCUCCUCCCCCUCCCCCGCCCCCUCCUCCUGUAGAAGAUGGUGAGAUCCAGGAGGUAGAGAUGGAGGAUGAGGGAAGUGAGGAGCCUCCUGCCCCAGGAACAGAGGAGGAUACUCCAUUGAAACCUUCGACACAAACCACAGUUGUAACUAGCCAGAGUUCAGUUGACUCUACUGCCUCUAGUUCGCCUUCCACUAAAGCAGUAAAAAGAAAAGCUACAGAAAUUAGUACUGCAGUAGUUCAGAGAUCAGCUACCAUCGGUAGUUCUCCAGUACUCUACAGCCAGUCAGCUAUAGCUGCAGGUCACCAGGCAGCAGGGAUUGGACACCAGUCUGCAGGGAUUGGACACCAGGCAAUAUCAGUUAGCCAUCCAGCAACAGGAAUGGGUCAUCAAGCCAGAGGAAUGAGCUUGCAGUCAAAUUACCUAGGACUGGCAUCAGCUCCUGCAAUUAUGAGCUACACGGAAUGUUCUGUCCCAAUGGCAGUGACUGCUCCCACACUGCAGCCAGUCCAAGCCCGAGGUGCUGUGCCUACCACUGCCAUUAUUGAACCACCACCACCACCACCUCCUCCUCCUCCUCCUCCACCACCACCAGCUCCCAAAGUGCCACCACCUGAGAAGACCAAAAAAGGAAAGAAAGAUAAGGCAAAGAAGAGUAAAACCAAAAUGCCCUCUCUGGUAAAGAAGUGGCAGAGUAUCCAACGUGAGUUAGAUGAAGAGGAGAACUCUAGUUCUAGUGAAGAGGACCGGGAAUCAACUGCACAGAAGCGAAUCGAAGAGUGGAAGCAGCAGCAGCUGGUCAGUGGCAUGGCAGAGAGGAAUGCUAAUUUUGAAGCACUGCCUGAGGAUUGGCGAGCAAGACUGAAGAGGAGGAAAAUGGCUCCAAGCACAUAGUUUUGUGGGCGGGGGGGAGUGG